AUGUCGAAGCCAUUAGCAGUCGUGAAGUCUCUUGACCACCUGGUCCUCACUUGUGCUAGCAUACCAAAGACGGUUCAGUGGUAUAGUAGAUACCUGGCAAUGAAGCCCGAGACGUUUACACCACCAUCCGAUCCGUCCAUUCAACGCCAUGCCCUCAAGUUCGGCACUCAAAAGAUCAACCUGCACCAGAAGGGGAAGGAGUUUGAACCAAAGGCCACAACUGCUUUGCCGGGGACUGCGGACCUCUGCUUCCUGGUAGAAGAUGAUACCAAUCUGGAGGAGCUGGUCAAAGGAUUCCAAAACGAGGGUGUGGAGGUUCUUGAGGGAGAGCAGGUGGUCAAGCGGACUGGUGCCAAUGGCGCUAUUCGAAGUGUCUAUGUGAGAGAUCCGGAUGGGAAUUUGAUCGAGCUCUCGAAAUAUGUCUCGUAA